UAUUUCAACUUCGAAAAGAGAUUCUGGUUAAAGAAGUUUUUUUUAAUUUCUCUAGUUUAAAAGAAAAUGAAAUAUAGAAAAAAAUUUAAUUGUCUGCAAAAAAAAAAAAUGGUAAUCUAUUUUCUUCGCGUGUGUGACUCAUUGUUCACAAAAGGAAUUUAAUGAAUGAGAAUAUGACUUAAUUGCAUUAUAAUUUUGAAAUAAUUGACGGCGAACUUGAUGUAUAAUUUAAGAGUAAAAGGUUGUCAAAUUAUAAAGAGUUUUACGAUUUUGCGAUUAGAAUUGAUUAUUCAUUCAGUCAUUGUUGCUUUGAGUACCUAAAAUGUUAGACGUGCGUAGAAUUUCAUUUCUGGGGACUCCGUGUUUCUUGGCUUAUGCAUCUUCCUUGUUUAUUGGAUGUUGCAUGAUAUGGGGUAUUUUGGAAUGGAAAAGAACACAAGUUAUUCAAGAUAUUAGUGACUCGGAAAAUUUACUAAAAGAAAACGAUAUUUUUCGUAAAAUUCGUCAAACAAUUCAACAUUCUCCAUUAUUUUAUGAUAAUAUCAGAUAUAAAAGAAAUGUUAGCGAAAGUACUUCAAGUCAAAUGGCAGAAAAUGUUUCAGAAAAUAAAAGUAGUUUUGUUACGAAUACAAGUUUGAGAGAUGAAAAUAAUAUAAAUAUUUCAAUGAUAAAAAAUGAAUCUGUAUUAAAUUUAGAAAGUGAAAUCAAUUUAAGAAGUGGAAGUAGUUUAGAUGAUGAAAUGAAUAAAAAAAAUUCAACUGUUGAAGGUAGUUUAAAAAAUGUUGAUAGUUUAGGAAAUAAAAAUAAUAGUCUAGAGGAUAAAAGUAAUUUAGGAAGCAAAAGGAUUUUAGUUGAUGAAAGUAGUUUAGAGAGUGGAAAUAGUCGAGUAAAUGUUCCAUCAGGUGUGAGUGAUUCAGGAGGUACAAGUACUUCAUCAAAAGAGAGUGAAAGUAAUUCCGGAGGUUUAAAUUCUCCAUCAGAUGAUAGUGACUCGAAUGUUAAGGAUUCACAAGAUGGACAUAAUUUGAAUCCUAAAAGCAAUUUGAAAACCGAAAGUGUCCGUGACGAAAGUAUAUUGCAAAACGGAAAUUUAUCAUCAAAAAAUGAAAGUUCAACAAAUAAUGAAAGUUCAACAAAUGAAGAAAGUUCAACAAAUGAAGAAAGUUCAACAAAUAAAGAAAGUUUAAUAAAUAAUGAAAAUUUAACAAAAAACGAAAAUGUAACAAAAAAUAUGUCAACAAUUUCAGAAAAUGACAAUAUUCCAAAUGCUAAAAAGAUUUUAAAUUCUGAAACUAAUGUAGAAACUGAAAGUACAUUAAGCAAUGAAAGUACAAAGGAAAAUGAUGAUAAUAAUAAUAAUAAUCUACGAAUUAUAAAUACUUUAUCAAAGGAUUUUGAGAAUAUAACUGAUUUAAAAUAUGAUAAAGAAGAAGAAAAUCCGAUAAAAUACAAAAAUGACAGGACAAUGAUAAAUGAUUAUUUAAAAAUGAAACAAUUUCUUGAUAAUCAUAAGGAUUUUGUUUUCAAAAGUCUCGCUAAUGUAAUUGAUUUUGAAAUGAAGAAACAACAUAUUUUGGAUGAUAUGAAGGAAUUAUUUCAAAAUAAUUUCAAUAAGAAAAAAAAUAAACGUGGAGUGAUCGAAGAGUUGAGGGAUAAGAUAAAUGAAGUACUGAUAGGUGAUGAAAUGAAGAAUGAUAUUAGGGAAGCUCUCGCUGAAUUGGUGAAAACAUUCGGAGGUGAUGAUGAAUCAAAUUCAAAAGUAAAAUUCGAUACUGAAUGAUUGAAAUUUAAUGAUGUAAAAUAUUAUAUUUCAUUUUUAUAUCAUAUCUCAAUAUAGUUGAAAAUCCAUUGCAAUAUUGUGUUACAAAUUAAAUUCUGUUAACAAUUAAAUAUAAUACAGAUAAUUUGGUUCUCAAUUUCCAAUUUAGGAUCAAAAUUACAAAUUUCACAAAUUAACUGUUUAGCAGUUUUUUCUUUUAUAAAAAUUAUUUAUGAAAUUAAAAUGUAAAUGAAAAAAAAAAAAAAAUCAAAUAAAAAUUAGUGGCAUUGAUUUUUAUUGAGAGAAAAAAUGAUUGACAAUAAUGUUGGACGUAUUUAGCUCGAGUGAUUAAUAAAUCAUUUUGUGAAACUUUUAUCGAUUUGCGGGUAGAGAAUCAAUUAUACAAUAUAUUAUAGAGAGCAUUAUUGCUUUUGAAAGGUAAAACGAGAGAAUGGCGAAUAAUAUUUUUUCUUGAAGUCUUCUUUUAUUAACGAUAAUAUUCUUCAUAUUUCUAAUUAAGAACGUCGUUCUUCAUUUUUCAAGUCGCUAUUCUUUAUAUAUAUACGGAAUAAUUAAAUUAUUUUUGCAAAAA